AUGGAUAUUCGAGAGAUAACGGAGAAAUUGACAAUUGUCAAUGUCACAUCUAUGACGAGUGAGUCAGUAGCGGAAUACGAGCACGACGUGGAUGAAUACGUUCGUCUUUUGGAGAAUCAAUUGGAAAUCGAAAUGGAGAAAAAACGAAAGAUGAGCAAUCGAAUUGGCUUGGUUGAAUGUCAAAUUUCGGAACUUUGGGACCGAGUUGAUAAGGCGAGACGCAGAGAAACAGACGUUUCGAAUCGAGUCACUGCAUGGGCACUACAUCUCACUCAACUUAUGAAUGAGGUAAAACAAAAACGUGCUCAUCUCGGAGCAACAAUGGAUUCGUCGGCCAGUUUGGAUGCUGAAAUUCAAGAAUGUCUUGAUUUAUUGGCUGAAAAACGAGAACUGGUUGAUCGAAUGAAACUGGAAAUCGAUUUUCGUCGUGGAAUGCACAAAAAUCAAUUGAAACAACUAAAGCUGGAUUGUGAUUAUGAAGAUGAGAAAUUCCGCGAAUGGACCCAAAAAUCCGAGGAAAUUGAAAAAGUGAUUUUUGUGCUGAAAGAGCAGAAAAAAGUGCUCGGAGAACGGAUUGAGAAUGAGAAACGAAUGGAACAAGAGCAGAAAAAAAUGCUAGAGGAUUUGGAAAUUUUGAUGAAAAAAUCACAAGUUUCGAAAAGAAAAAAUUAUGGAAAUCAGGCGAAUUUGAUUGCUUCUCUCUCUACAAUCACUACCAAUUCUUCUUCUUUCUGA